AUGGGUAAGUCUUGUCGAACCAUUGCCAAAAAGGCAUCUCGGCAGAGUAUGCAACAGAUGGCACCCAUGACCAGUCGACCAAAGGGAGGCUAUCGCAACAAGCAGAAAUCGACCAUCCUUUGUGGCUUACGUGCUUUGGGGGCUCCUGCAGUGAUAGCCUUCAUAGUUGCUUUGAUCUUUGCCCAGAAGGAUCUUCCUUUCAGCAGUGGUGGAGCCUUAGAUCACUUGGAGUGCUUCUGCGGCGAACAAUCGGUCACACUCGGGGAGCUGGAGGAAUCAGUCUGGGUCCAGUGUCAAAAGAAAAGGGUGCCCAUAGAUGGGUUCUGGAAAUGGGAGAUUAGCUACCGUGCCAUGUAA